AGAUGGCAGUCCGUAUUUGAAAUAAUUAAACACGUGGACUCUCGCUGAUAAGAAACCAUGUCAAAAAAAGGACGUAGCAAGGGCGAAAAGCCUGAGGCACUGAUUGUUGCCCUACAGGCUGCCAAUGAGGAACUCAGGACCAAGCUAACAGACAUUCAAAUUGAGCUGCAUCAGGAGAAAUCUAAGGUUGCUAAACUUGAAAGAGAGAAGACUCAAGAAACUAAGCGUAUCCGCGAGGUGGAGCAGCGCAAGCAGACUGUGCAGAUCACGGAGCUAAAAGCCAAACUCCAUGAGGAGAAAAUGAAGGAGCUGCAGGCCGUGAGGGAGAACCUCAUCAAACAGCAUGAGCAGGAGAUGACGCGGAUGGUGAAAGUCCGAGACAGCGAAAUCCAGCGCCUCAAGUCAGCGCUGUGUGCACUACGGGAUGGGAGCAGCGAUAAAGUAAGGACAGCGCUGACUAUUGAGGCUCGUGAAGAGGCCAGAAAACAGUUCGACUCUGAGCGCCUUAAGCUUCUGCAGGAAAUUACUGAACUGAAGUCUGCCAAAAAGCAGGUAGAUGAGGCCCUUAACAAUAUGAUCCAAGCCGAUAAGAUCAAGGCGGGGGAUCUUCGGAGUGAGCAUCAGUCCCACCAGGAAGCCAUUUCCAAGAUCAAAUGGGAGAGUGAAAGGGAUAUUCGCCGCCUGAUGGACGAGAUCAAGGCUAAAGACAGGAUCAUAUUUUCCUUGGAGAAAGAACUGGAGACACAGACAGGCUAUGUGCAGAAGCUGCAGCUGCAAAAGGAAGCUCUGGAUGAACAGCUCUUCUUGGUGAAGGAGGCAGAGUGUAACAUGAGCAGUCCCAAGAGAGAGAUCCCAGGAAGGGCUGGAGAUGGUUCGGAGCACUGCAGCAGCCCUGACUUGCGCAGAAACCAGAAGAGGAUAGCAGAGCUGAAUGCCACAAUCCGGAAGCUGGAAGACAGGAACACAUUGCUCGUUGACGAACGAAACGAACUGUUGAAGCGUGUCCGAGAAGCUGAGAAACAAUGUAAACCUCUUCUGGAAAAGAACAAGUGCCUCACGAAGAGAAACGAUGAACUUAUGCAGUCUUUGCAGCGCAUGGAAGAUAAACUCAAAGCAGUCACUAAAGAAAAUAUAGAAAUGAGAGAAAAAAUGACAUCACAUCCUCCUCUAAAGAAAUUAAGAUCUCUCAAUGACCUGGAUCAGGCUAAUGAGGAACAAGAAACUGAAUUCUUAAAGCUUCAGGUCAUAGAACAACAGAACAUAAUUGAUGAGCUAACAAGGGACAGGGAGAAACUCAUUCGUCGCAGAAAGCAUAAAAGGAGCUCAAAGCCAAUUAAGAGACAUGUGGUGGAUACAGUUUUUGGGUACGAUGAUGAUUCCAUGGACUCUGAAACAUCCUCUGUGGCCUCAUAUAGAACAGACAGAACACCAGCAACCCCAGAUGAUGAUCUGGAUGAGGGUUUAGCAGCGGAAGAAUCAGAGCUGCGGUUUCGACAGCUGACAAAGGAGUACCAGGCCCUGCAGAGAGCGUACGCACUACUGCAGGAGCAGACAGGAGGCAUCAUAGAUGCUGAAAGAGAAGCCAAGGCUCAGGAGCAGCUCCAAGCUGAAGUCCAGAGAUAUAAAGCCAAAAUAGAAGAUCUGGAGAAAACUUUGGCACAGAAAGGGCAGGACUCGCACUGGGUGGAAGACAAACAGCUUUUCAUUAAGAGGAACCAAGAGCUUUUAGACAAGAUAGAGAAACUGGAAGCAGAAAACAACCGUCUGCAACAGGAGCUGCAGGAUGCCCGAGACCAGAAUGAGCUGCUGGAGUUCCGCAACCUUGAGCUGGAGGAAAGAGAGAGACGGUCCCCACCAUUUAAUCUCCAGAUUCACCCAUUCUCAGAUGGUGUGAGUGCUCUACAGAUCUACUGCAUGAAGGAAGGGGUUAAGGAUGUCAGCAUCCCAGACCUCAUAAAGCAAUUAGACAUCCUAGGUGAUAAUGGGAAUUUAAGAAAUGAAGAACAAGUGGCCAUAAUUCAGGCUUCCACUGUAUUGUCCUUGGCAGAAAAGUGGAUCCAGCAGAUUGAGGGAGCUGAAGCUGCUCUGCAUCAGAAGAUGAUGGAACUAGAAAGUGAUAUGGAGCAAUUUUGCAAAAUAAAAGGUUAUUUGGAGGAAGAAUUAGACUACAGGAAGCAAGCUCUUGACCAAGCAUACAUGAGGAUCCAGGAGCUUGAAGCCACCUUGUACAAUGCUUUGCAGCAAGAAACGGUGAUAAAGUUUGGGGAACUACUCACUGAAAAACAGCAGGAAGAGCUGAGGACAGCAGUAGAAAAGCUAAGACGUCAGAUGCUGAGGAAAAGCAGAGAAUAUGAUUGCCAGAUUCUUCAGGAGAGGAUGGAGCUGCUCCAGCAGGCUCAUCAGAGGAUCCGAGAUUUAGAAGAUAAAACUGACAUCCAAAAGAGACAAAUUAAGGAUCUGGAGGAAAAGUUUCUAUUUCUAUUCUUGUUCUUCUCUCUUGCCUUUAUUCUUUGGCCUUGAUGUCAAUGUGCCUCUUGGAAAGAGUGCCCGACUACACAGAUAAGUCCCUAUAAAGGCAAAUGCUUCCACCCCCCCGAUGAGGAGAACAUUGUUUACACCUAUUUUAAAAAGUAUAAAAAUGAACAACCUGUAGCCAAGACUGCAACCACCUUGUAUUUU